AUGUCGGCCAUCCAAAAGCUGGUGUGGCUGCUCGUUGUCGGCCUUGUGCAAGCCCUUCGUGAGAAGGCUGACUCGGUGAUUCAAAGUGGCAGUGGCGUCAUCAACAGCUUGGCCUCCACGCACGCGAAAGAGGUACACACAGAUGAAUGGGGCUUCAAGGCAAGAGCCUUGAAGAAGGAGGCAGAGAAGGGCGAUGCCCAGGCUGCCUAUGACUUGGGCGAGAUGUACGAGGAUGGUGAAGGCGCCAAGAAGGAUAACCGGGAGGCCAACCACUGGUAUCUCAUGGCUUUGCGGAAUGGCAAAAAGGAUGCAGAAGUGGCCUAUUACCGCACGUUGAAGAUUAUUUCCAAGGAGAGGGCUUCGAAAGGGGAUUGGACUGCCAUGUACGACUUGGGCGACAUCUAUGAGCAUGGGAAAGGUGGGCUCACAGAUCUCAAAGAAGCGGCCAAGUAUUAUCAGAUGGCCGCGGAGCAUGGCCAUGAAAGGGCGAACUACGCCCUGGGCCGGUUUUACGAAGAAGGGAAGGGCGGCCUAGAGAAGAGUUUCGACAAGGCUGAGAAGUACUACAAAGUUGCCGCCGAUAAGGGCAUGGCGGAUGCCAUGAACGCCCUAAGCCUUUUGUACGGAGAAGGCCGAAACGGUGUGCCGAAUGCUUACCAAGCAAUCGAGUACGCGAAAAAGGCCGCAAACAAGGGCCACCCCGAAGCCAAGGAACGGUUCUACGAG